GUGUGCUUUGCGAAAUGAACUUCCUUGAACGUAAAAGAGAAAUGGAGUUGUCCAAAAGUGAUUCUAUUGUUGAUGCUGAAACUGACAUGCUUCUACUCCUUAAAAGUAGCUUAGAUGCUUUGGAUGAAAAUGAAGCCAUCAUCAAGGAAUGUUUUGUAGACCUGGCUUCAUUUCCAGAAGGCCGAAGAAUCUCUCUUGUUGCUCUCAUUGACAUGUGGGCAGAGUUACAUGAUGGGCUGGUUAAAGAUGUCCUGGCCGUAGCAAACCUCCUAGAAUUUACUGGUCGAAGUCUGGCUGAUCUUGUUGUCACAAGCUGCUAAUCACAAGGAACUAAAUAUUGAUUACUGCAAUGACUUGUUGGGAUUGCCUGAUACGACUUGCAAUCUGGUUCAUCUAAGGAAGCUCAGUAUCUCACACUGUCAUAAGCUAUCUGCCUUGCCGGAAGAGAUUGGAAAGCUGGAUUUGCUAGAAGUUUUGAGGCUAAGGUCUUGUACAGAUUUGGUAGAACUUCCGAGCUCUAACAUACCUGCGGAGUUUAAAUUUUCUUGACAUAUCUGACUGCUUCAGCAUCAUCACUUUGCCUGAAUACAUUGGUAGACUCAGCCGUUUAAGAAAGAUCAACAUGAGACAUUGUUCCAGAUUGAGGGAGCUACCACUAUCGGUUUUUGAUUUUGAGAAUAUAGAGGAGGUGAUAUGUGAUGAAGAAACUAAAGAGUUGUGGAAGCCCUUCUUGCCUGUACUCCUCAGCGUCGAAGUAAGGGUGGUCAAAGAAGAAUUCAACCUUAAUUGGCUCCAAAAGUAUCAAUUUUGAAGGUUUUCUUCCAUUUAGACAUUUAGUGAACAUUGCAAGUCAUUUGUGGUUCAUUUUUGUCUCAUUUUUCGAAUAAAAACAAUGUAAGAAUCCAACUGAGGUAAAUGAUAUUCAUUCAGAAUAAGAGUGAAAGUAUAUAUUGUACAGAAACGGCACUAUAUAUAAUAAAAGGGUUUUGUGACAUUGAAUGGGUCUAGGAAGACUUGGAAGUGCAGAAAAAAUGGGACUUGAAGAAAGUUCGUGGAGCUUAUGGCUAGAAUUUUUUGACAAGCACAAAUGAAAUGUUCCAAUGUGAUAUCUGUUUGAUCAGUUUCCAAGUUAAUGUGCAGAAAUUGCCGAGUUCAAAGUGAUGCGUGUGGAUCCGUACACAUCUUCUCUGCUUUGGUGAACUGAAAUUGGGAAGAAACAUGAAUGUUCCUCUCAACACCAAGGCGCGUUCAAGGCGUGUCAAGG